AUGGGAAUCCUCGGUCUCGGCAAGCCGAACGACGACGUCCGUACCGUGGGGAACUACUCCUUCCGCUGGACCAAGGACCACAUCCCCAAGGAGAAAACGGAGCACCUGCGACACACCUACGACAAGAUCGGUGCGACAGCCGUCGACAGGAUAAAGGAGAUUCAUCGCCAAAACCUCGCCGAGAAACCGGACAGCGCGAAACACCUCUCCAAGCUCGACCUCUUCGCCGUCCUCGAGGAGCACCACGAACACGACGAGGCGCUGGGCCGGUUGUGGGACGACGUCCACACGGUUCCAGAAUGGGUCGACUGGGAGCAGCUCGCGCGCGGCCAGAAGUUCUUCUACCGCUACGCCGCGGCCAACCUGAUGGGCUUCGCCCUGCAGGGCUUCGUCGGCGAGAACUCGGCGUCCGCGGGCGUCGUCGAGGUCCUGGUGCGCACCGGCGGCUUCAGCACCCGCGUGCUCUUCCGCAGGCUCCUCGAGACGUUCCAGAUGCUCCUCGAGGUCACGCAUAGUCUCGAGUACAUACGGCCUGGAGGACGCGGGCACAAGACGGCCGUUCGCGUGCGACUUUUGCACUCGAUGGUGCGGCAACGCAUCCUCAGGAUCGUACGGGACACGGCCAAAGGGUCGGCCUACUACAAUAUUGAGAAGUACGGCGUCCCUAUCAACACGAUGGACUCGCUACAUGCUCUGACGACGUUUGGCUGCAACCAUGCCUUCAUCCAGCUGCCGCUCAUGGGCAUCUCCGUGCCUCAGCAGGAGAUCGAGGACUACGUCGCGCUGUGGCGGUACAUUGGCCACCUGCUGGGCACGCCGACGGAGCACUUCGCCUCGGCGGCCAAAGCGAAGAUACUCAUGGACAGCAUGAGCUACAACGAACGUCUUGUGACGGACAUGUCGCUCGUGGCGGGCCACAAUUUCGUCGAGACUGUGCGAGACCUGCCACCCAUCAACCUCUCGGCCGGGUUCAUCGAGGCGGGUAGUCGGGUUCUCAACGGUGACGCUCUGUGUGACCAGCUCGGCAUGGGACGGCCGGGCGUGUAUCACUAUGCCUGCUUCCGGGGCUUUUGUUGGUUGAUGAGGACACUUGUGGUGGUCCAGCGGUGGUUCCCGCGGCUCGAGGAGAGGCUUGUUGAUUAUAACAGGGAAAUGCUUCACCAAGCUAUCAUUCAGAGCCAGGGCGGCCUUGGAGGCGGGAGCAAGAUGGAGUUCAAGCAUGUGCCUGACGGAACUUUGACGAAAAGGGAGGACAGGCUUGGCAAGAGUGUGCAAUUGCGGUUCUAUAACCGGCCGCUUGACCUGUUCUGCUUUGUUUACUUCAUUCUCGGGUCUCUUCUGAUGGCUGGAGGAAUCAUUUUGCCUCUGACAGUGGCGAUGAACUUUGUCCCGUUCGCACAUUAG